GGGGGGCGCUUCCUGUCAGUGCGGCGGCGGCUGAGGGGCCGCGGGAGCCGGGGCGGUGCCAGGCGGGACAAGGCCGGGUUGGUCUCGGAUCCGCCGCGAGAUUCCCAAGAUGCCAAAACCAAGGAAGGGCCCUCGAGCCGGUGGUCAGGGUGUGGCAGCUGCCAAACAGCUGGGGCUCUUUGUUGAGCUCAGUGAGGACGACAUGCUGAUGGGCGUGGAGGAGCCUGUUGAUGACGCGGACCUGGAGGCUGAGCUGCUGGCCCUCACCGGGGAGGCAGGGACCCCAGAUCGGAAGCCAAAGCCCCAGGGGCGGGCCCCUCUGCCUAUGGCGCACAUCGAGAAGUUGGCGGCAGACUGUAUGCAGGACGUGGAGGAGGAGGAGGAGGAGGAGGAAGGGCUGGAGGAAGAUGCAGACUUGCUGAGUGAGCUGCAGGAGGUCCUGGGUGCGGAGGAGGAGGGUGAGGAGCCGGCCAGCGCAGGGGAGCGUGAGGAGGUGCAGGAGGACGCCGAGGCCCCGGUGUCGGCAGCUCCCCUGGCAGCACCAGCCCCUGAGGCCCAGGCUGCAGGGCCUCCGGGACUGCAGGCGCUGCUGCAGGAUCGGAUCCACAACUACCGGGAGGCCGUGGCCAGUGCCAAGGAGGCUGGGGACGCGGCCAAAACCAGGCGCUGUGAGCGGGGCCUGAAGACUCUCGAGUCCCAGCUGGCUGCUGUGAGGAGAGGCAGGCAGGUAUGCGAGGCAGAGAUCCCCCCUCCGGUGGCCUUGGGGAGGAGGACCGCAGCACCCCUGGAGAGCAGUAGCCGGAGUUCUGAGGCCGACGUGCCAGCCUCCCCCAGCCAGGAGCCAGCCAGUCCCUCUGCACCAGAGACGAGCGUCGCGGGCAGCCCCAGCAUGUCGGCUCCGGCCCCGGCCCCUCAGGCGCUGCUGCUGGCCCGCCAGAGAGAGUACAAGCUGGCCGCCUUGAACGCCAAGCGGGCCGGAGACCUCGACCGCGCCCGGGAGCUCAUGCGCAUCGGGAAGAGGUUCGGCGCGGUGCUGGAGGCGCUGGAGCAGGGGCAGCCUGUGGAUCUGAGCGCCAUGCCCCCCGCACCGGAGGAUCUGAAGUCCCUCCCGCAGGCUCCCAAGGCCCACACGGCACCCGCCACCCCAGCAGUGGAGCGAGUGCAGCCAGUCAUGGCCCCGGACACCCCAGUAAGCCCAGGCGUCCCUGCGGAGCCCCAGACCGUGCUCGAUGCCCUCCAGCAGCGGCUGAACAAGUAUCGCGAGGCCGGUGUCCAGGCUCGGGCCAGUGGGGAUGAGCGCAAGGCCCGGAUGCACGAGCGCAUCGCCAAGCAAUACCAGGACGCCAUCCGGGCACACCGAGCGGGCCGCAAGGUGGACUUUGCUGAGCUACCGGUGCCCCCAGGCUUCCCCCCAAUCCCAGGCUUGGAGCCCGCAGCAGGCAGCGAGGAGGACGCAAUGGCGGCAACUUUAGCAGCUGCUCAGAAACUGGCUUCGGAGGAUGCGGCCCCAGCAGAGGAUGACGAGAAUGAGGAGGAGGCCAGUGCCCAGGCUCCGGUGGCCAAGAAGCCAGCCCAGCCACUGACCCCUGCCUCCCGGCCCCUGCCCGAGCCCAGGGCCUCCAGCUCAAAGGAGUCACCGAGUCCCUCUGUGCGGGAGCAGCUGGCACUGCUAGAGGCACGGAAACUGCAGUACCAGCGGGCAGCGCUGCAGGCCAAGCGGGGCCAUGAUCUGGAGCAGGCCAAGGCCCAUCUGCGGGUGGCCAAAGUCCUGGAGGCCCAGAUGGCCCAGGUCCGGGCGGGCCACCCUGUGGACCUCUCCAAGGUGCCUUCACCGUUGACGGACGAGGAGGGGGGCUUCAUCCUCAUUCACCAUGAGGACCUGCGGCUCUCGCAGAAGGCUGACGAGGUGUAUGCCCAGCUGCAGAAAAUGCUCCUGGAGCAGCACGAGAAGUGUCUGCUGUUCUCCAAGCAAUUCAUGCACCAGGGCAACGUGGCCGAGACCACCCGGUUUGAGAAGCUUGCUCAGGACCGCAAGAAGCAGCUGGAGAUCCUGCGACUGGCCCAGGCCCAGGGCCUCGACCCUCCCGCCCACCACUUCCAGCUGAAGACGUUCCAGACCGUGAGGAUCUUCUCAGAACUCAACAGUACAGAAAUGCACCUGAUCAUCGUCCGGGGAAUGAACCUCCCAGCGCCCCCAGGGGUGACCCCUGAUGACCUGGAUGCGUUUGUGCGGUUUGAGUUCCACUACCCUAACUCGGAUCAGGCUCAAAAAAGCAAAACAGCUGUGGUGAAGAACACAAACUCUCCAGAGUUUGAUCAGCUCUUCAAACUAAACAUCAACCGAAACCACCGGGGCUUCAGGAGAGUGAUUCAAAGCAAAGGAAUCAAGUUUGAAAUCUUCCACAAAGGAUCCUUCUUCAGAAGCGACAAGCUGGUUGGCACAGCCCACCUGAAGCUCGAGCGCCUGGAGAAUGAGUGCGAGAUCCGAGAGAUCGUGGAGGUCCUGGAGGGAAGGAAGCCCACAGGGGGCAAGCUCGAGGUGAAGGUGAGGCUGCGGGAGCCCCUCAGCGGCCAGGACGUGCAGACGGUCACCGAGAACUGGCUGGUCCUGGAGCCCCGAGGCCUAUGACGUGGGCAGUGUCCGGCCCUGCAGUGUCGCACGGGCAGCUCUGUGCUCGCCCGGUUCUGCUGGCUGCCGAGGUGAUGCUGCCGUCCAAGUGCCAGAGAGUGGGGCGCAGUGGCUCGGCUCCCCGCCCCUGGCCCAGCCUUGCUGGUGCCAGCUCUCCGGGACCUGCCCCGCAGCUGGCUGGAUCCUAGGUGUCCCCACUCCCAACCCACCCGGUGAUGGCAAGUACACUCUCACUGCUCUGUGCCAUGUGGGGCUCCUAGCCCCGGUGCAGCGACGGUGGCAGCACCUCCCGUCCCUGCUGCGUCGUUUCUGGAUGUGCCUUUGGAGCUGUAAGGGAUGCAAGUGCCAGCAUGGGGUUUGGAGACGCCUCCUGCACUGUGGCCCCAGCUGGCCCGUGGCGGCCAGUCCCCGCUGCUGUUCCCCGGCUCUGGCUGUGCCUGUGCCUUGGUUCCUGAAAGCUGCUGCAUCAGCCUCUGCUUCCCACAGCGCUCUUUGAAGACAGACGUGACCCUCACAUCUUGGAUUUGGUCCCUGCACCUAAGACUCAAGACUGCUCGCUAGAGGGGGAAAUACAGCUGUCUGACAGUUUGCACAGCCGUC